AUGUCCCUGCUCAGCCUGCCUCCAGAAACCAUAGCCGUGAUUCUCGCCUUUACCUCUGUUGAAGAUCUCCACAACCUGCGAAACUCGUGCUGCUGUCUAAGAGAAGCAGUCGACAACAGCUCCCACGCUCUCACCGCCGCCAGGGCUCUCUGUGCACCAUGGAUGCAACCAGCCGACGGGUCCAGCGCAGCGGGAUGGCUCUCCCUCGCCAUGGCCGAACUGCGUCGUAGAGACACCAUGCAUGGACAUGCACGACACCAUCACCAAGCCGACUACCACCACACCUCCUACCAUGACGCCCUGGAUCUGACCUCUCCCACAGACGGACUGGCCUCCCUGCCGUUAGUAGAGUACGCCGAGGAGCCUGAGCCGGUCCAAACCAUCAACCACAACCUCGCACCCGAAGCAAGCCUAUAUGCAGACAUCUUCCCUGACGGAACGCUGUCGAUAUCCCGAGCAAUAUCCGACGAAUACGAAACAAAACUGUGCUUUCGCCGCCAGAUUGUCUUCACCCACAACUUCCCCAUCUAUCCACAAACCUAUGGCGACUAUGCAUCAAAUGUGUACACCCCUCCGGUAGACGGUGUUCAAGAACUCAAUUACGCCCGCAAAACGUGGUUUUGGAGAGUAGUUAGAAAUAUACUGGAGGAUGACCGUGUAAUUCGCCGCUUCCACGUGUCCAAGGCCAUGUACGACGGAUAUCUCACGGCUCUGCUUCGCUUACGCUCCACUAAACUGGCUCCAGGCAUGUCUCCCGAAAUGGAAUGGCAUCGGUUGGGUCACUCGGGCAGCAGUAGUGCUGGCUCUACUUCUGACUCCAGUACCGGCUCCAUUGGCUUGUGUGAGGAAUACGAGCUGUUGCGACAAAAGUGCAUUGCUCCAGGUCGCCGGAAUAACAUCAAAACACAAUCUAUUCGCAUACACAUGCCGUGUUCCGAGUCCGCCCGUGUAUUUGUGUACGGCCACGACACCUUUAUUUGCAUUUCCAACUCGCUUGAGGACCCUGUGUUGAAGCGGAAUGACUUCUUCUGGGUUGACUGGGCCAACAGUAAGACGUUCCGUCUCUGUUCAACGAUAUCCCCCCAUGGCCCCACGCAUCCGCAACAUCAGCAUCAUCCCUUCAUAGUAGAUAACCGCUUCUUUUUGCUGUAUCGAAACCAGCUGGUUGAAUGGGCCAUGAAUGCAUCUUCUCAAUUUGUGCCGAUUGGUAAGACCAGGCUAGACCUGUCGUACAGACGCGACUUUUCGCUGAUGCCCCUGCUCGAUACCCGCACCCCUGUCAUCACUGGUCAGAUGUUUGUCGACACCAACAACAGGAGUUACUCCAAGGUGACGCUGGGAGACUCGUCCAACUCAUUCCACGUGCUCGGAGUGCUCAAUGGGCAGAAGCGCGACUGGACGUACCAGUAUCUGCGGGAGCUGACGGAGAAGCUAGCCAUGUACCGAAUGCCUCUCAACACGUGGUGUCAUUUGGACAAGAUCUUGCCGCAUGUGGUGCUCAGUGGUGGUGUCCAAGGUGAAGAGCAGGAGCGGAUUCGAGGAGCAGUCUCGCCCACGCACUCUAUAUAA